AUGGAGGACUUAGCACUACAAGUCAAGCAAGAAGAACACGAGAUCUUGAUCUCGUUCGACGGACCCAAACGACGGUCGAUCGGCGUUCGAAAACGGCCGUGGGGAAAGUACGCGGCCGAGAUCCGUGACUCGACUAGAAACGGGAUUAGGGUUUGGCUCGGGACUUUCGACACGGAGGACGAGGCGGCCUUAGCCUACGACCAGGCGGCGUUUGCCAUGCGGGGCCCGUCGGUCCCACUAAACUUCCCGCUCGAGAAAGUGGUCGAGUCUCUCGAGCGGAUGAACUACCGGUGCGCGGAGGGCUCGUCACCGGCCAAGACUCUCAAGGAGUCCCACCAGAGGAUAUCGACAACCAAACAUAGGAUUACGAGUGAUAAUAAUAAUAGUGGGAAAGGACAAGAGGUAAUGAAGGAUGUGGUGGUUUUUGAGGAUUUGGGAUCUGAUUUGCUGGAUGAGCUUCUGGCUUGA